AAAGCCCGAACACAAAGGAGAAUCUCGGCAGAGACUACUUAGAGGCGGCGUCUGUCUUAGUCAGCCGUAAGCAACAGGUCGUAAGCAACAGGUCUGGGAGGUUCAAGCUGAUCGUGAUUGCUCAUAGAGGGUUUCGAUCCUGGACACGGUGGUCGCCAGCCUAAGAUUCUCUGACCCAUUGCUAAGUGAGGAUGUUAGACGCGUCCGAAGUCGCACAGCACAGCACAAAGCGCUCCUGUUGGGUUAUUAUCUCGAACCAUGUGUACGAUUUGACCGACUUUUUGGAAAAUCAUCCUGGAGGGCCCAACGUGAUUUUAAGAUACGCUGGAAAGGAUGCAACCAACGAAUAUGAACCCGUUCACCCUGCUGGAACUCUCCAGCGCCAUCUGCCCGCGAACAAACAUCUUGGUCCUGUUGAUCAGUCAACCUUGACCCGAGUAGAUGAUACGCCACCCACACUCGGCAAGUCCGAAUCGUCGAUCGUUCCACAUAUCUUGGUGUGCCAGAGUCUCGAUGACAUCGAAUCUGCUGCUCGCCAGAAGUUGUCUCGCAAAGCGUGGGUCUACUAUGACUCCGCGGCGGACGGUUUGCACUCAUUCCGGACAAACCGCCUCGACUGGGCCAAGAUCUCUUUCCGCCCUCGUGUGCUCCGCAACGUUGCACGAGUAAACAUGCAGCGUCGCAUUCUGGGUCAUGUUGCAAAUCUACCUUUCUUCAUCGCGCCUGCUGCGAUGGCGAAACUCGGACACCAGGACGGCGAACUCUGUUUGGCAAAAGGUGCAGCGGAGAAGAACAUAGUCUACUGCUCUAGCACGUACAGUUCAAUUUCCCACGAGGAGCUGGCGCCUUGUUUUGACCGUCAAGAAGGUAGGGGGGCGCUGAGUUUUCAGCUGUAUGUGCCAAAGAAUAAAGGUGAUUCCAGAGCACUGAUUGAGAGGGCCAAGGCUUUGGGGUGCAAGAGUCUGGUAAUAACCGUGGAUACCCCGGUUGUGGGCAAGAGAGAGGAAGAUGACCGAUACAAGGCUGAGCUCGAAAUUGAGGAGGGCCGGGAAGUCCCCAGGACGACGAGUGCAGCGAACAACGAGGAGGCGCCCAUUCUGAGAGGCUAUCAUUCGUCUACAGUAGACUGGGACGAUAUACUUUGGAUGAGAAAUGCAUGGGGCUCUAACCAAGGGCCGGUCGUGCUCAAAGGUAUUCAGACAGCGGAGGACGCGUACCUGGCCUCUCUAACUGGAGUCGACGGCAUCUAUCUCAGCAAUCACGGCGGAAGACAGCUGGAUUUUGCACCGAGUGCCAUCAGAACCUUGUUGGAGAUCCAUAAAUUUUACCCUCAGGUUCUCGACGAUGUCGAAGUCUACCUGGAUGGAGGGGUCCGCAGGGGUAGUGAUAUUGUGAAGGCACUGUGUCUUGGGGCAAGGGGUGUCGGCCUUGGCAGACCGUUUCUCUAUGGCUUGAGUGCUUAUGGCACAGAGGGCGUGGUAAAAGCAAUCGAGAUACUGAGUGACGAGAUCGAGACGGCCAUGCGGUUACUCGGAGUCACCAACUUGGAUCAGCUCAACCCCCACUACGUCAACUGCAGCCUUCUAGCAAAGGAAUUGCCAGAGAAUGUGACGCCGACCAACCCUAUGAGACAGCACAAGCUCUAAGCCGAUGGAUCAAUCAUUCUGGGCAGUUCAUUUGUAGAUG